CUGACACUUACGCUGACAAAGGCAAAUUCGGAAGCAGCUCCUUGAGGACAGUGUGGAUAACACCUAAUCAAAACCGGCACAAUGAAGCACUUCCUGCGGAUUUCUUCAAGCAAGAAUUAACUUUCACUAGCAAACUCAUUGAAACUGUUCAAAAUAAGCCACUUUUCUCUUAUAAUUCCAAAAGAAGACGUCAGUCACAAACUUAAGAUGAUGGCGUAGUGUUGCACCACAGAGUCCUAUUGGAAGGGUGCUGUCUUUUGUCUUUGACAGAAUGUUGUUCCAGGUGUGCCUGUAUUUUUACUGUAAAUUUUUGUGGCGCUGCCUAAAAUUUGUAAUGAGGAAGCUGACUGGAAGAUGUGAACUGCAACGGAUCUGUUACAGUACCAAGCCUGGGGCUUCUAGAACCAUGAAAAUCGAAACAUCACUGAGGGAUUCAAAAAGUAAGCUGCUGCAGACUUCCGUGAGUGUUCACCCUGAUGCUAUUGAAAAAACUAUAGAAGACAUCAUGGAACUGAAAAAAAUUAACCCCGACAUAAAUCCACAGCUGGGAAUCUCUCUUCAGGCUUGCCUCCUGCAAAUUGUUGGCUACAGAAACCUUAUUGCAGAUGUGGAAAAACUGCGCAGAGAACCGUAUGAUUCUGAUAACCCCCAACAUGAAGAAAUGCUGUUGAAGUUAUGGAAAUUCUUGAAGCCUAAUACUCCACUGGAAUCUCGGAUUUCUAAGCAAUGGUGUGAAAUUGGCUUCCAAGGUGAUGAUCCUAAAACUGAUUUUCGAGGAAUGGGACUUCUGGGCCUAUACAAUUUGCAGUAUUUUGCGGAAAGGGACGCCGCGGCAGCCCAGCAGGUCCUCUCGGACUCUCUUCAUCCAAAAUGCAGGGAUAUCUCUAAAGAGGAAACAAGCAAAUUCAGCAAAGCGGAAUGGGAGAAGAAAAGGAUGGAUAAAGCAAUUGGGUACUCAUUUGCAAUUGUGGGCAUCAAUAUAACUGAUCUGGCGUAUAAUCUACUGGUGAGCGGAGCGCUAAAAACUCACUUCUACAACAUUGCCCCAGAAGCUCCAACACUGUCUCAUUUCCAGCAAACAUUUUGCUACUUGAUGCACGAGUUUCACAAGUUUUGGAUUGAAGAGGACCCCACGGACAUCAUGGAAUUCAAUCGUGUGCGGGAGAAAUUCCGCAAGAGGAUCAUAAAACAGCUGCGGAACCCAGACAUGGCAUUGUGCCCACACUUCGCUGCCUCAGAAGGUUUGAUCAACAUGUAGUCGCGCAUACUGGUUUUAACGGAUACCCCCGGAACACUGCCUCAUUGUCGUGUUAGUUCCCUGCUUAGGUCCCAGCUCAUACACUGAGUGCACACAGUGAUUGUAUGCAUGCCUUUUGGUACGGUACUUUCAUCUCUGGGUCACAACUACCAGAUCCCCAGAUAUCACCGCUUCUGGAGUAUCUGCCAUCCAGUGACUGUUCAUGUUGUGGCAUUAUGCAGUGUUACGUUUGCCUUGACACCCAAGUAUGGAGAGAGUUUUCUAUUUUUUUAGAUUGUUUUUCUCCCCCUCAUCAUUCAGCAUCGAAGAACUGUAUUUCUCUAGCUGUCUUUUGUAUGUGAGAGAUCUAGCGGACUCUUGUUCUGUGAAAGCCUUUUAAUUUAUUGAUACGUCUCAUGACUACCGCUGCUAGCUCUUCGGGCCGGGUUCACGCUUGGACCUCAUUCCACUAAAGUAUAUGACUUGCAAAUAAUACAGACAGACACAUGAUAAACCAAACCAUUCCUGCAAACACAGCUGCGCUUCAUGACGAUGUAACGAGGCUUACGAGAAGCAGAUUUAGGUAGGUGCUGUUUUUGUCCAAAGUACCGCAGAAUUAUACUGUAACUUAUCCCCAGUUGCGACUGUAUCCUAGUCAUAUGGAUAUCAAAUUAUUUUAUCCCCCUAAUUUUACUGGCUUGGAUGCCUAAAUAUGUUUAUGAUGCUUGGAGCCUCAGAAAAGAAGUAUGCACGCUUCAAAAGCUGCAGAAGAUUUUUCACUGCCUGCCUCUUGCUGAACUCAGUUACACCCUGGCACUCUUCUGAUCCAAGCAUCUGUGCUUGGGGAACUGAGUGCUGACUGGUUUAUUUUUAAUGUCAAGAGGUUAUAUGAAAAAAAACAAUUUGCAAGAAAAUGUGCUGCAAGAGAGGGACCUAAGGUGUGUCCUUCUGUAGUAUUUCUUGAAAAUAAUGACCUUGUCUUGUAUCAGUGAAAAAAGUAAAUGGCUUGGAGGGGGGGGGGAAAUCACAUCAUUCCAAAACUGCUAAAAAUCAUUUGAAAGACCAUGAUUUCGUUUGGAAUUAUGACUGUAGUCUGUUGAAUAGUAUUUACCAUGGCAUUUCAUACCCAUGGUAUUUUAUACCUUCUGACUAUCGAUUUUAGUAUGAUUAGACGUUUGUGUAAUCACUUGCUUACUUAAAUGAAUUUUGAGUACUGCCUAACUGUCAGUUAUAUGAAUAAAUUACAUGUCAUUCUACUGUAA